AGACGUAACGGAAGGCGGGGAGAGAAAUAAGAGAAGAAAAGAAGAAAACGAGGGAGAAGGUGAAGAAAAUGGAAGGAAAACAGGAGGAAGGUUACAUCAGCGCCCCGAAGCUCCAUCCUCACUAUGGCGAUGGCAGCAGGAGUAGUAGUAAUAUCAGUGAUGGUCGUGGUAGCCGAGACCGCUCUGGUGCCGCUGAGACUGACGGUAGCUUCGCCGCGGGGCACCAACGCCACCGUCAACUUCAGCGCGGAGGAGGAGGCGAUGAGGGAGAUGGGGCUGACGAAGGACAUGAUGGAGGGCUCUCUGAUACACGCAGACGCCAAGGGAAGGGUGGAGGAGAUGGUGGUGGGCGGGCGGCACAUCCCCCUGCACCUCAACGUGAGCACCUCCCUCUUCGGUAUGUUCGCCCUCAGAACGGUGGAUGGCAAGGACUGGCUCUUCUCCGACGCCAACUACACCAACGCCUCAAUCCACGACCUCGAUGGUGACCCCAGCUUGGUGCCCUUGGAGGUGCCCCUAGAGUGGACUGUGCCCCCUCCCCUGAACCGCACCGAGCCCUUGGACGCCGAGCUCUCCUCCGGCACCACACACGCCUCCAUCAGCGUGGGGAACCGCCUGAUACUCUCCGUACAAGAAAAGGGAACAAGACACCACCAACACAACAUCACAAGGACAACAUCAAACGCUUCCUCUUCCACCACAACCACUUUCCGCCCCUCUUCUUCGUCGUCAUCCCCCGGCUCAUCUUCCCACUAUCAUCUCAUCCUCAAACUCGCGCCCGACACUGGUUGCCACCUACGCGUGCUCAACCCACACACCGGCCGGGUUACCUUGGCGCGGUACUUCAACACCAACGACCACCUCUUUGAUCAUGAGCUGAGCCUCGUCCUCGCCGGUCUGAAGGAGGGGCGGCUAGCGCUUCUUACCUCUUACCACGAUGUCUCUGGACGCCUCGGGAGCAAAGUUCGCGACACCCUUCACGCCCUCGGCUCGUGGGCGGCGCCCCACCUCAGAUUCAGGGACUGCUGGGCGUGGGCGUGGCUGGUGGGCGGGGGCACGCUCUCGGAGGCCCUAGUGACCAACCCGCGCGGCAUCCUGGCCCACCCCAGCAGCCUCGCCCUCCACCUGACCCUCCCCGCUCCGGCCCCGUCAGAGAGAUUUUGCGACACGUGGCCCUCUGGCGUCCGCUGGGAGAAACGGAUGGUCCUUUGUGACCUUUAUGACGGCUUCGGUGACCUCUGUGCAUGUGACCUCCCGUACCAGCUCCCUCCCGCCACCAAGCCGGCCUGGUGGCGGGAGCGGCUGGCGGUGGUGGUGGUGGCGGCGGACAGACCCCAGUACCUGUUCAGGCUGUUGCGGCAGCUCCUGGGGCAGCCCGGCAUGACCCCCGACCUCGUGCUGGUGAGCGUGGACGGGGCCAGUGAAGGGGCCAGAGCCAGCAUGGCCCUGGCCGAGGUGCUGGGGCUGAGGCACGUGGCGCACCGCAGCGAGCCAGGCACCGGGUCUAACGUCUCCUCAAGGAUCUCCAGGAGUUUGCGGUUCGCGCUGUUCCAGGUCCUACAAAACUUUCCCCUCGAGGACAAGUUCAUCAUCUUGGAGGACGACCUCGUGCUGGCUCCAGACUUUCACUCGUACAUGCAACAGACGGCGGCGCUGCUGGGGCGGGAGGAGGAGAAGGUUUAUGCCGUGUCCGCCUUCUCGCACUUCGCCACCCAUCACACCGCUAGCGACGCCACACGCCUUCAGAGGGUCACCUCCUUCCCCUCCUGCGGCUGGAUGACCACACGCGGCUUCCUCCAAGAGACGCUCCCGAAGUGGCCCGCAGCUAACGUGGGCUCAGACUGGGACUACUGGAUGGGGUCGGAGGUCGUGCGCCUCGGGAGGGAGGUUGUUCUUCCCGAGGUGCCCCGGACAACCCACGCUGGCACGCUCGGCUCCCACACUGACGGCGCCAUGGCCCGGUGGUUCAAGGAACGCCCCCUCACCUCGGCCCCGCACACACCGCUCAACCUGACGGCCGUCAGCCGUGAAGUGUUUGAGGCCCAGGUGCUUCGAGAACUGUCCCUGGUAAGGCCCCUCACCCACACCAAUGCCAGCAACCUAGCAACCACUCCUGCUGGCUACAGACCACUCCAGAUCCCCCUCCACCAGGAUGGGGCAGUGUGGGUGGUGCGUGUCAGGAUGCAGCAUGUGGAAGACAGCUAUGCCUUCAGGAUCUUGGCCAAGAGCCUUGGGUUGUGGCAUGGCGAUGCUCGGAACCAUCACCAUGGACUGUGGCGGAUCCCCUACCAUAAUGCAGUGCUGCUGGUGGUGGGUGUUCCCUUCUCCAGGUACAGUGCCCGUGUGAGGAACAUCGGCCGAAUCCUUCACGCCACUCCUGCAGGCAUGAGAACCCUCCAGAGCGAAGGGGAUGCUCUAGAGGGUGUCGACUUCAUGCAGCAUCAGCCACAUGACUUUAUGGACUUAUUAGGACUCAAAUGA